GCGAACCUUGGCGGCCAGCGGGACAGACCGGCGGGGGAGCGAUUGACAGGCUGCAGGGCAGCUCUGGUGCCCGGGCAGAGUUGGCUGUGCGCGUGGACGCGGCUGCGGCAACGCAGAGAGCGGGGGCGCCGGGAUGUGGAGCGGCCCACCCCAACCAGAUGAGGGCCUCCCCACGGGCCUCUCGGCUGUCUCAGUCCCCUGGAAAAACCUUGGCCCCAGCAAAGGUCACAGGGAGUCCCCAGGAAGCCUGGUGGAAAACCCUGCUUCCCGGAAGGAGGCCCAGGGUGAAGAACACUCAGCAGCUGCUCCACUGGACGUGUCACGCCUGCGCAGCUCCUCCAUGGAGAUCCGAGAGAAGGGAUCAGAGUUCCUGAAGGAGGAACUAUACAAAGCCCAGAAGGAGCUGAAGCUGAAGGAUGAGGAGUGUGAGCGGCUUUGCAAGGUGCGUGCACAGCUGGAGCAGGAGCUGGAGGAACUGACGGCCAGCCUGUUCCAGGAAGCUCACAAGAUGGUUCGGGAAGCCAACAUGAAGCAGGCUGCAUCGGAGAAGCAGUUGAAGGAGGCUUGGGGCAAGAUUGACAUGCUGCAGGCAGAGGUGACAGCCUUGAAGACACUGGUCAUCACGUCCACACCAGCCUCUCCCAACCGUGAGCUCCACCCACAGCUGCUGAGCCCCACCAAGGCCGGACCCCGAAAGGGCCACUCACGCCAUAAGAGUACCAGCAGUUCCCUCUGCCCAGUUGUGUGCCCCACAGCAGGGCAUAUCCCCACCCCAGACAAAGAUGGCAAGGAGCCUGGGCUGCCCCCUCUACUCUCCCUGCUCCUGUGCGUGAUCCCCAGCAAGGCCAUCCACCUCACCUACGAGCCUACCUGGCAGUUCCCAUCUGGGGAGCCCCCCACGGCCCCCAACUCUGCUACCUCUCUCUCCUUUUCCCGACAGGUGGAUACGACCCUGUUUUCAGAGUUCCAGGCUUGGAGGGCAUCACCUACCCUGGAUAAGGACUGCCCCUUCCUAGAAAGGGUGUACCGGGAGGAUGUGGGCCCUUGCCUUGACUUCACAGUGCAGGAGCUCUCAGCUCUGGUGCGGGCUGCUGUGGAGGACAACACACUCACCAUCGAGCCUGUGGCUUCACAGACUCUGCCCACUGUGAAGGUGCCCACUGUUGAAUGUAACAACAUCAACACGUGUGCCCUGAGUGGAUUGGCCCGUACCUGUCACCACCGAAUCCGCCUCGGGGACUCUGAGAGCCAUUAUUACAUCUCACCAUCAUCCCGGGCCAGGAUCACUGCAGUGUGCAACUUCUUCACCUACAUUCGCUAUAUCCAGCAAGGCUUGGUUCGGCAGGAUGCUGAACCGAUGUUCUGGGAGAUUAUGAGGCUUCGGAAGGGGAUGUCACUAGCCAAGCUUGGCUUCUUCCCACAAGAGGCCUAGGGCAUGGCCCCAGGCCUGAAGUAGGCUCUGAGCUAGAGCAAACAGCUGCCUUGGGACAGACAGACAAGAAAUCCUGGAGCCAGCUUGAGCCAGAAGCUGAAAGGACAGGCUGUAGAGACAGCACUAAGCCAGUCCCGCCCAUUCCUCCUGGGACAGACAGAAGGACAGCCUGCCCUGGACUUCAUGAGAUGACCCUCUUGCCCACUGGACUCUGUAGCCACCAAGAGAAUCUCAAGAAAGCGCCAAAGACCAAGGAGCUCGGAGCCAUACUCGGGAGAGGCUAAGCCCUAGAGAGGGGACCCUUGAGCAGCCAGUACCCCCUCUACAAUUCCCUGCUGCUUACCAAUGCUCUGUUGCUGCCACGUCUUCAGAAAGGGACUGUUCUAAGGUGGCUGGAUUUCCAGAGUGUGCUCUGCCACAGCCUCUAAGCCCUGGGUCACCAGCACCCCCUUGUGGCCAUCUCUCACCCUGUUCCCAAGUGGCCUCAGAUUGCUCCAGAGGUAGGGCAAGUGUCUCCAAUCUGAGCAUGGCAGAGGGACAACUGCCACAAAGUGCUCUGAAAAUGAGUCCUAGAUAACCGCCCCCCCCAUUUCUCUGCAUAGAGGCCUCUCUGUUCCCCUCCCUCCCUACUUCAACCCCAUCUCCAGGAGUCACUGAUCCUAAAAUUGCCAGGGGUCUGGGCUCUUUCUUCCUAAAGUGUGCCACCAGGGGAACCUCAGGAUGUAGUUGUGGGCAGCCAUCCAGACUACAGGGACCCUGUAUGUGGGACUGCAUGGAGUGGGCAGGCCACCCAGGAUCUGGACCCUGCCUUAUCCAUCAUAGCCCACCAGGAACUGCACUUGGGGGAUCCAACCUGGACAUAUCCCUCACCACGCCCCUAUUUCCUUCAAGUGGAAUGUAACACGAUCUCUAUUUAAUAAAGGAAGGCUUUGUUGGUA